AUGGAUGUUACAGAGAGUACUGAAGGUAUGAGACUCACAGAUGAGGAGUCUAUUGAUGUUUCAAUGGGUGGGGAUACAAGUGCUGCAAAUGCAGAAGAUAAAGAGUCAAGCCCUAGAAGCAAAAAGCCUAGAGGCAUCACUAUUGUGACAAAGAUUCGGGAAUGUGUCAAGUAUAUAAAGGGAUCCGAGGCAAGGAAACAAAAAUUCUACGAUUGUGUUGCACAAGUAGGGAUUGUGGGUAGUAAGAGAGGAUUGAGACAAGAUGUCCCUACUAGAUGGAAUUCAACUUAUACCAUGCUUGAUAGUGCACUUUUCUAUCAUCGUGCAUUUAUUAAUUUAGGGUUGAUUGAUUCCAAUUUUAGUAGUUGCCCUUCUCCCCAAGAGUGGAUUAAAGUAGAGAAGAUUUCCAAGUUUUUGGGGUAUUUUUAUGAAGUGACAUGCUUAUUUUCUGGAACAAAGUACCCCACAUCAAAUUUAUUCUUCCCUAAGAUCUUCAUAAUCCAACACCAAAUCAAGGCAGCCAUUGAAGAUGAUGAUAUUUUCAUGAAUAAGAUAGGAACUAAUAUGAGCAUGAAGUUUGAGAAGUAUUGGUCAGAGUACAGUUUAAUUCUUGCAAUUGCAAUUAUCUUGGAUCCUCGUUAUAAGUUGCAUUUUGUAGAGUGGGCUUAUACUAAGCUUCAUGGUAAGGAUUCUCGAGAAUUCAAGGGUGUUACAGACACAUUGACUUCCCUUUUUCAUGUGUACACGGAAACUUUAUCUCCUCUUCUUAAUGCAAGUUUUCCAACGAAUGAGACAACUAGUCACAAUGAAGGUGGAGACACCAUUCUUGAGGAUUUUGAUAAUAGUUACAAAAAUGGUUCAAGUUCAUGUAAGAAAAAUGAAUUGCAUAAGUAUUUGGAUGAGGAAAGACUAGAUAGAAAGCAAGAUAUAGAUGUUCUUUCUUGGUGGCAAAUGGAGCAUUUUCAUUAUCCAAUACUUUCACAUUUAGCUCGGGAUGUGUUAACAAUUCCCAUUUCUACCGUUGCAUCGGAAUCGGCUUUUAGUAUUGGCGGAAGAGUAUUAGAUCAAUAUCGUAGUUCAUUAUUACCUCAAACUGUUCAAGCUUUGUUGUGCACUCGAGAUUGGCUUUUUGGAAAUGAAGCAAUAGAUGAAGGAAGUGCCGAAGUGGAAAGUCUUACUGAAGAUAUUUUCAAUCUUACUUGUGAAGAGACUAUAUCAGGACAAUGUUCCAAUAGUAUUUCCCUUGAAGAUUGA